UUUAUUAGAGCAGAGAACCAUCAAAGCAGCAGCAGCAGCAGCAGCAGUGCUUUCAUUACCCAGAGCCUGGUGAUUGCCUACAGUGGGAGAAUAUACACAGGAGCAUCCUUUCUUUUUGUCCAGGUUUGGCAUGUCUGGGAUAGAGUGUCAUUUUCUUUUUUUUGCUGUGAGGAUUUUUUGACUUUGAGGCUUCUUCUCACUUUUUGGAUCUGUUUGCCAGCAUCCCAAAAAGGACUGAUUAACGGUCUGAUGGUUAGUUGACUAAACAGCUUUUUUAAAGUAAAUUAGUAUUAGUAAAUAUAGACAAACUGGCUCUGUUCUUUCAUGAUUUUCUUGCUUGUUUUUCUCUAACUGCCUUGUCUGCCAGCUGUCAGGCUGACAAACUAAUAGUCUGUUUUGUUCACUGACUGACUGGCUGCUGUGUUAAUUGUCUGGUUGACUGGCUGCCUUGUUUAUUUCACCUGUGCCUGGCUCACACGCUGAUUAUAUCACUAUUUUGCUGACUGGCUGGGAGUGGCCAUCAUCCCUGCCACCCUCUGGCUUUGUGAUUGUUUGGAUUUUGGAGAAGCUGUAAUGAAGGUGAGGAGAGCAUAAGCCCCCCCCCCCCCCCCAAAAAAUAGAUAAAUAAAUAAAAUAAAGAAACAAGAAGCAAAAGCAUAGGGGAAAAAAACAUUGGAUUACAGCGCAAAAGACUGUGGUGGAAUAAAAGAAAGGCAGGGUGACAAGAGGAGGCGUGGCGGCGGAGAGAGAGAGAGAGAGCGACGAGAGAGCGAAGGGGAGGAGAGUGGAUGCAGACCCACACCCUGAGAUGCUGUGCUGGCUGAGAGAAGACGAGAUGUCGGUCCAGGAGCUGCUACAGAGGGUGCAGUGUGUCAUCACUCAUGUCGAUGAGAUCAUGCAGCAGGAGAUCAGGCCCCUGCUGGCUGUGGACAUCAUAGAGCAGCUUCAUCGCCAGUUUGCCUUGCUCUCAGGAGGGCGAGGAAAAGAUGGCGCCCCCAUCAUCACCUUCCCAGACUACUCAGGCUUCAGCGAAGUGCCAGAGGAAGACUUCCUCAAUGUUGUUACUUACCUGACCAGCAUCCCCAGCCUGGAUGCCGCCAGCAUCGGCUUCAUCAUCAUCAUCGACCGGCGGAAGGACAAAUGGAGCUCAGUGAAGGCCUCUCUAUCCAGGAUUGCAGGGGCGUUCCCAGGAAACUUGCAGCUGGUGUUGGUGCUGAGGCCGUCCAGGUUCUUCCAGAGGGCUAUAGCAGAUAUUGGGAUCAAGCUGCACAAGGAUGAUUUUAAAAUGAAGGUACCGAUUGUGAUGCUGAACUCACUGUCGGACCUGCACAGCUAUGUGGAUAAAGGCGAGCUGACCCGGGAGCUAGGAGGAAGCCUGGAGUACUGUCACAGUCAGUGGAUACACCACCGAACUGCCAUAGAGAACUUUGCCAUGACGGUGAAAACCACAGCCCAGAUGUUACAGAAGUUUGGGACAGACCUGGCAGAGACAGAGCUGCCCAAUGACGUCCAGUGCACCAAAGACCUGCUCACAGCCCACACCGACAAACACAACAACCUCAAGGAUGAACUGAAGCUGGCUCUGAAGCAGGGCACCACCUUGUUAGGUUGUAUAAAGGAGCAAGCAGCCAAGUCAGAGAAUCACAAACUCAACCCGGACGAGAUGGAGAACCAAACCACUGUGGAGAGGCUUCUUGCCCAGCUGGAUGAGACGGAGAAUGCCUUUGAACAGUUCUGGUGUAAACACCAUCUGAAACUGGAGCAGUGCCUGCAGCUACGCCACUUUGAACAGGACUUCAGAGAGGUCAAAGUGUCUCUAGACAGCUUGAUGGACAGUCUAACUGGACUAUCAGAUAUCGGGGAUUGUGUGGCCAGAGUUGAACAGCUGCUAACGGAACUGAAAACACUGGGGGAGAAGGCUCAGCCCACUCUAGAAAAGGCCCAGCUCCACGCACUGCAUGGGGACCAGCUGAUCCAGAGCAAUCACUAUGCUGUGGACUCCAUUCGACCCAAAUGUGUGGAGCUGCGGCGGGUCUGUGACGACUUCAGCAAUGAGGCCAAGAAGAAGAUGGAUAUCUUGUCCAAAUCCCUGCAGAUACACAUGGGCAUUGAUAAGGUAAACCAGUGGUGUGAGUCUGGCAUUUACCUGCUGGCCUCCCAGGCUGUGGAUAAGUGUCAGUCACAGGAAGGGGCAGAGACAGCGCUGACCGACAUCGAACACUUUCUGGAGUCGGCAGAAAAGAACCAUCUGACCGAACUGAGGAACCUCCACAACCAGUAUGAGGUUGUCCUGUCCGAGGAUAUCAAGGCCAGUGUCCUGAAGGCACUGAAGCGCCUGGAGGAUGUCCAGGAGAUGUUUGAGAAGCGCCAUGUGAGUCUGAAGAGACUUUCGGCCAAACAGACGAGGCCUGUCCAGCCAGUUGCCCCACGGCCCGAGUCCUCUCCUAAACGGCCCACACUGAAAAACCCCCCCAGAACAACAGGGAGCCAGCAGCCUCUGGCUCGGAGAGCAUCGGAUAACUCUAACAGUGGCAAGCAGCCAGCUGAAGCUGAUCCCAACAAGAAGAAGAACAUACGCAAGGCCAAAGGAGGCAUCAAGAUUGAGGUGAUGCAUGAGGAAAGCCAAGGAGGCUCCACCCAUGUCGUUGUGACCAACGAGACAGAGGAGAGUCUGUCCAACAGGCGCAGACACAUCAUGACUGAGCUGAUUGAAACAGAGAGGCUGUAUGUGGAGGAACUGCAAAGCAUCAUGGAGGGUUAUUUCGCAGAGCUGGAUAAUUCUGAACUCAGCCACCUCAUCCCCCCUUCCCUGGAGAACAAAAGGGAUGUGCUGUUUGGCAACCUGCCCGAGAUAUAUGAAUUUCACAACAAGACAUUUCUGAGGGAGCUGGAGAACUGUGCAGAGAAACCAGAGCUGGUGGGAACCUGUUUUCUGAAAAGGAAAGAAGAGCUUCAGGUGUAUGAGAAGUACUGUCAGAAUAAACCACGCUCUGAAGUCCUCUGGAGACAGUGUGGAGACAGCCUUUUCUUUCAGGAAUGCCAAAAGAAGCUGGACCACAAACUGUCUCUGGAUGCCUACCUGCUUAAGCCUGUCCAGAGGAUCACCAAAUACCAACUCAUGCUCAAGGAGAUGUUAAAAUGCAAUAAGGGUGAGGGGACGGCUGAGUUGGAGGAGGCUUUAGCCACUAUGCUGGACAUCAUCAAGUCUGUCAAUGACUCCAUGCACCAGAUAGCCAUCACUGGCUUUGAGGGAAACCUGAGUGAACUUGGGAAGCUGCUGAUGCAGGGAUCCUUCAAUGUGUGGACCGACCACAAAAAAGGCCACAGCAAGGUGAAGGACCUUGCUAGGUUUAAGCCCAUGCAGAGGCACCUGUUCCUAUAUGACAAGAUGUUGCUGUUCUGCAAGAAACGAGAGGAGACCACAGAUGGACACGAGAAGACCCCAUCCUACAGCUUCAAACACUCGCUUAAGAUGAGCUCCGUGGGGAUCACAGAGAACGUCAAAGGUGACUGCAAGAAGUUUGAAGUGUGGUACAAUGGCAGAGAGGAGGUUUACAUCAUUCAGGCUCCUUCCAUGGAUGUGAAAAAUAUGUGGGUGUCAGAGAUUCGUAAAGUUCUCACAGGCCAGCUAGAGGCAUGCAGAGAAGCCAGCCAGCUCAACAUCUUCGGGGCCCCCAUGAGGAAUGUGCGUAAGAUGGCGCUGAGACAGUCUGAUUCGUCAAGUCCAGAGUCAGGAUUCAGGAGGACCAACCCCAGCCCUAAUAUGAGGCAGAAGAGAGCUGAUGCUUCAGCCAGCCAAUCGGCUGCUAACGCUCGGAAACGCUUUACCCUGCAGGGACUUUCCAACAGGAGGUCUCUUCCAGCAGAGCCAGCUGCUAAGGAGGCACAGGUCCCCCGCCGCUUCUCCCUUACCUCCUCUCUCGCCUCAUCCUCCUCCUCCUCCUCCUUCGCCACGAGACGCACAAAAGGUCCCCUUUCUGCUAGCAUAAAGAGCAAGAGACAUGAGAUAAAGAGUGAUCCCACUCCAUUUGGUUAUGAAGAUACUUUGAGAGGUGCUAUGGCUGCAGUCAGGAAACGUCAGAGCAUGACUAGCAACACUGCUACUGCUGCUGGCGGCACCACAGCUGUUCCUAGAUCCACUUCCCAACCAGGCUGGGCCCAGCGGCGUCUUCCUUCCAUGGACACAGACGAUUUUGAGACGAUCCCCUCCAGUGCAGAAGAAUCCUCCAACUCGUCAGAAGAGGAAGGCAGCAACAAAAACGGGGAUGCCAGUCGUUUCAGGGUGCAGCUGACCUAUGAUUCCAACGAAACCCGAGACUUAUCUCUGGAGACGGGCGACCUGGUCCAGUUUCUGGAGGAAGCAGAAAACGGACACUGAUAUCUUCAGUGACCUGUGUACAGCAGCACUCUCUGACUCGGAUGAAAAUGAAGCCAGUACAUGGGGAGAGAUGUCUCAGGACAGCAGAUAAACAUGGCUGACUAUUGUAGUUCAUUAUGUUGGACUACCAACGCUUUUGUUGGAUUGCAAACAAUGACUGAUAACAGUGUUUUUUCAACUGUAAUUUCCUAAGCUGGACUUCAACGACUAUUAAUUUUCUACUUGUAGUUCUUCAUGUUGUACUACAAAUAUGGCCUGCAAUCAUUUUUUCAACUGUAGUUUUUUUCAUGUCUGAAUCAUCGAAGGUUCUCGAUGAAGCUUCUGGAAAAAGCUGGAACCUUAACAUGCCUGAAUGCCGCAGUGGGCCAGAUAAGACUUUAAAUUCGGUGGAGAACUGAAGACCGCAUGGAUGUGGACACUGAACUUCAUAUCCAAAGUUGGAUGAAUUUAGAUUACAUACUGUAGAAAAUACAAUUCCCAAGUGGUUGGGCUGGCACCUGAAAACUUAAAUCCAAUUUCUGACUUGGAUGGGGAAAAAUGAGCAAUUCCAUGUGCUGGUUGUUAGCAGGCUUUGGCAAGGUGCCCUGUUUUGCUGCUAUGCUACGCUGAAGCAAAACUCUUUUCAGAUCCGGUUCUGCCUCCGCUGACACACUUUAGCUGCUUUGACUUUUUGGGUUCAGAAUACAGACACUUCACAGAGCUGUGGUCUUCAUAAGAACCUAGAAGUUGUCUUGCUUGCCUUUCUCUGUCCUGGUAGAGCACCCACAUAAUGUCAUUACGUUACACCAGAUGUAUUAUCUCAACAUGCCCCUUCUCUCACCCUGUAUAAAUUGCUCUAAGAGGUUGAGAUAUAUCUCCUUCUCAUAUUUGAAUUUAUAACCCAGUUGUUCUGCACUGAAGGGGAAAAAAUGCUUAUUUUAUAUAUGGUUCACUCUGGAAAAAAUAGUUGUGUUAUAUCCUCACAGGUAUUAUACAGAUAGAAUGUUUUGUUUUGCACAGAAACUUAUAUAUUCAUUAGAGAUCCUUUCGUGCUCCAUGAGAAUUAACACAAAUUGUGUCUUUGGUCGAACAUGCAUUUCCAUUUGAAUCUACUGCAAACAUGACAACAAUAUAGGUGAAAUAGGAAUAAAUAACACUAUUUUUUUUCAUUUUCAUGGGGAGCAGAAACUGUCUUGUAAAGUUGAUAUGGCUACAUGUAAGUAGCUUGUUUGCCUAAUGGCCUGUGUCCACAUAGCAUUUUUUAUUUUUUUGUCAGAACUGGGGUGAAUUGCUUUUGCAGUGAUAGCACAUGUGAUAGCACAUGGCACAGUGAUAGCACAUGGGUGCACAUGGGUUUUGUUUCUAUGAUAACAAUAUCUUGCCAAUUUCUACCAAUUCGCUAUUGGCUAAACAGGUUGUGUACAGCAACAACUGCGAACAAAACUCGAGUUCACAUCAACUCCCGUCAACGCAACUUCAGUGCCAUCUUAGUGUUAUUGUGACAACAAAAAUUGUUUUUCCAUGAAUUAAGUGAUAGAUUCUAAAAAUCUGAAAAAAAGCAUUUAAGUGUUUCUCUUAGUAUAUCAGACACUGGCACAGUGCUGUAUUUUACCUCUUUAAAUAGGCAUUUAUUUUCUACCCACACUUUUUUUGCGCUGGUCAGGGGGUACUUGGCUAAAAACACGUAUUUAAGAGGAAGUAAAUUAAUGAAAACUGCUGUAGGUGGCCACAUGCGGUCGCAUACGCUCCUCACUGGGAGCUAUUGGAAAAAAAGACUGGCUUUCAGAAAAAAAUAAAUAAAAACACUAUUUGGACACAGACCCAAAAGCAGCUUUCUGAUGCAUCCAGAAACAAGGUUGGUGAGAGUGAUAGGACCAAACAGUAACUCCAGGGUGUAAUACCAAGACAAUGAGCUAAAAGAGGCCACAAAGAUGGAGUUGAGUGGAACUGCAGAGCUGAGUGAUAAUUCUCAGUGGUCACUAGGAGCGACUCCUUACAAAUUACUUACUUACACACGCAGUCAUGACUCAUUGUUCAUAUAAAAUAUAAUGAUUGGUGCAACAAUUAAGAAAACCUAAUUCUAAAAGAAUUGAUCAGCUAAUGACAGAUACAUUUCUGCAGAAAAUGCAUGUGAGAAAAUAAAUCAAUCAUACUGGGUUUUCCAGUGUAUUCUUUACACAUGCACAGUGAAUAGUAGACAGAAGAAGCCAGAUAGCUUUUGAUGGAAAUUAAGCGUUACUGCAGCGCAUUUCUUCUUUAGAUGAAUGGGCUGGUGGUGUAAAGGAAACAGAUUUAUCUCUGUGACAUGUUAUGCUACUUGGACUCAUCUCUACAUAAUGGGAUUUUCACUUGCAAGCUUUUUGUGAACAUUUCAGCAUUGUGUUUCUGAUUUGUGUGCAUGUAAACACGUCAUGUACAAUAACUCAAAGUAGAUGCCAUCUGGUCAAUCAGAAUCCCAGAUGAGUUUGCAAGGAUGCUGCGGAAUGCACAUUUACCAUUUUGAGUUCGAUCAUAUUGAGAAUAGUGUAUUAAUUCAUACAUACAGAUCUCUUCAUGUCCUGCCAUUUUGUCUCCAAUGUAUAUCUCCAUUUCCAUAUAGCGGUUCAUGGCUAGCUAGUGUUCAGACACAUACUCAAUCAGAGACCAGAUUGAUUGUAUUCUAACCUUGAAAUUCCUUUGCGGAUCUGAGCGUCGGGUUGUUUUGCUGAAACCAAGCAAUAGUUCAGCUCUACAACAUCGUUAUCAGAUUCAUGAGUCUUUUGAAGUCCAUGUCGAAAGCGCUUACACCACUGUUUUUGUUACUGAGAUAUUAACAUUUGUUAGCAAUUUGUGAGCGUCGCCAUCAUAAGCCAGGUAGCCUGAAAAGCAUUUCUUUGACAGAUCAUCUCCUUUUUUUCUAAAGUGAACUACCAUCUGUGGUGGGAAAAGUCAGGGAACUGUUUGGCUAUUUUGCUGCAAUUGAUUUUUCAGGGAAAUGCUUUUUUUUAGCAGGUAGCACCUGGGCUGUUUCCUAACAUCAGCGGUGUGGUUUCACCUUUUCAGAGAGGAAAAUAGCAUUGUACACUCAACGUUCAUUCAUGGAAGGGGGCAAGAGGACAUAUCAGUAAAUGUAAAUAAACAUCAGUGUUAGUCUAAUAUUGCAUAUUUUGGGGGGUAAAGAUCAAUUUUCUGUAUGACUGCUGUAUUGUUAUACACCAGUUUUUAUCCGGCAUUGUAUUGCAUUUCUACUGACAGAUUGAAUAAUAUGAACUAUUCACUGAGAAAUCUGAAAUAGCACCACUGUAUUUAAAAAUAGAUGGCAUGUCACAGGAAGGAGCCCAAACAUUUCCUAUUUGAAACAGUUUAGAUGACAGCUCCUUUUUUUUUUACCUGUAACUUAUUGGAAAUGGAAAGUUGAAACCAAAAGUAUAUCAAAAGGCUAAAUAUUCACCUGAUGAAUGAACACAUCUCAGAAUGUAAAACUUAGUUACUGUGUUAGAAAGCUACAGUAAGUAACUGGGAUCAGUCAGAGUUUAAGCAGUCUGACCAUAAUAAGCAAGUGAAAAAAGAAUGAAUGGAUGGAUGGAUGGAUUGAUGGAUGGGUAGACUGGUGGGUGGUGGCUGGAAGAAUAGAUGGGUCGAUCAAUAAAUGAUCCAUGGGGAGGAUAGUUAACGGAUGGAUGGUUGGAUGGAUGGAUGAUCCAUAGGAGAAUAGGUAUAUGGAUGGAUGGAUGGAUGGAUGGAAGGAUGGAUGCAGUAGAUGGAUGGAUAGAAAGAUAUUUUAACACUGUAACUGGGUUACAAUCUGGAAAAUAAGGCCAAACUCUAUUAAAGGUCAUAUACAUUGAUAUUAGUUUGGUUGUAAAGAAAUACACUCCUCAUGAACAUGCUGUUUAUUUUGUUUAUCAAAUGUUAAAUGAAAAAUAUUGUAUCUUUGGAAAGGAAAUAUUUAUAUUGUACUGCAUCCUGCUGCAAUUUAAUUGCCAUUUUACUAUAUUAUAGAAUGUAUCAAGUUUGUAUAUUGUACAAUCUGUCAUUGUAAUGUACAUAUUGGUUCAUUGUUAUAAUAUGCAUUUACAGUAUGAAUUUUGUCACACUGUUUUUUUGUUUUUGUAUAUUAAACUUAGUCCGUUAUUUUAAAUUUAAAGGUCCAGUGUGUAACAUUUAGAAGGAUCUAUUGGCCGAAAUGGAAGAUAAUAUUCAUAGGUAUGUUUUCAUUAGUGUAUUAUCACCUGAAAAUAAGAAUUGUUGUGUUUUCUUUACCUUAGAAUGAGGCAUUUUUCUAUGGAGUCCACCAUGUUUCUACAGUAUCCUAGAACAGCUACCUGCUUGGUUGAAUCGAGGUGUUUCAGUUGGUUGCAAUCUGCAACUUCACCACUAGAUGUCACUAAAUCCUACACACUGGUCCUUUUAUAAAGCAUGAAAGAGUCCGAUCUGAUCCAUCCGUGCUGGAUUUCAAAUUAAAACCACGUUUCUUAUA